AUGUAUUGGUCAAGUGAGCCUGGUCUAAGAAUGGAUCAAAUUGCAAAUGUUAUGUCCGUUAAUCGAUUUAGUGAAAUAAAACGUUAUUUACAUUUUACAAAUAACUUGAGUGCUCCAAAUUUAAAUUAUCGUUAUUGGAAAAUUCGUCCGGUUCUUGAAAUACUUCAUAAAACUUUUCACGAUUGUGCGUCCCCAACUGAAAAUAUUUCUAUUGAUGAGAUGAUGAUACCUUUUAAAGGUAAAAGUCAUUUAAAACAAUACAUUCAAUCAAAACCGAAAAAGUGGGGGUUUAAAAUAUGGGUACAAGCAAAUAGCAAUGGAUACGUCAACUGUUUCGAACCAUAUCAAGCAUCUACUCAGGAUCGAAGCAAAUAUGGUCCAAUAGGUGAUUCUGUUCUGAACUUAUGCCAUGCUUUGCAUGGUAAAAAUCAUAAGUUGUUCAUGGACAAUCUUUUUACUUCAUUACCACUUAUAAGACAAUUACGUUCCUUGAGUAUAUGGGUUAUAGGAACGGUCAGAAUGAAUAGAAUUGGUCAAAUACAAACUUCUCUAGUACCAGGUAAAAUGCUUCAACGAGGUUCUUGUACAAUGGCUACGUCAAAAGACAACAUAACAGUUUUGCGCUGGAUAGAUAAAAGAGAAGUUCACAUGAUUUCUUUGUAUGCUGGCGCAGAACCAUUUGAUGAAAUAUUACGUUACGACAAGAAAGAAAAAACAAAGAUACCAAUUACUAGACCGUUUUGUAUUCAAGAAUACAACAAAUGUAUGGGAGGUGUGAAUUUCAUGGAUCGUCUUAUAUCUCACUAUCCUCACGGCUUUAAAAACAAAAAAUGGUACCUUCGGAUAUUUUUUCAGUUUUUGAAUAUUUCGAUUGUGAACUCAUGGAUUUUAUAUAUACAAAGUCAAAACCCCCCUUUAUCGCUGUUACAUUUUAAAGCUUCAAUAGCAACUAGUUUGACACAGUUAAAUUCUACAUCUGAUCGUCUUAAAAAAGAGGACGACCUUCGAAUUCACCAUGUGCCUCACCCUCUCCAGUUCUAUUAA